UUUGCCGCGAGCCCCGCACGGAAAUGACGUCGCGGCGCCCCCUGUUGUGUAAUUCGCUGUAGUGGCAGGAGGGAAAAUGGCCGCGCGCGCGGUCAGUCCGAAGUGCCGGGGGCUUAUUCAUUUCGCGGUGUUUUUGUGGUAUUGUUUCAUAUUGAAUGCCAACUGCUCUCCAGAACUUACUAAGACGCACCCCGGUGUCCGCUCCUAUGGAGGGCGAUGGAAAUACCUCACUUUUCUCAACAUGGUUCUGCACACAGUGUUCUUUGGGCUUUGCUUUUUAACGGAUGUGCUCCACCAGUUCUUCUCUGGACCUGGAAAGCUGACCACGCUUUUGGUUAAUAUACGAGACUUCCUUUUCACCAUCUUGGCAUUCCCUCUUGGCACUUUUGUGUGCAUAUCUUUCUGGACCUUGUAUGUCAUUGACCGGAAACUGGUUUAUCCCAAAUAUUUGGACGAUAUUAUUCCUUUGUGGCUGAACCAUGCAAUGCACACUGCUAUCUUGCUCCUGGUGCUGCUGGAGCUUUACCUUCAGCCCCAUCGGUAUCCCAGAAGGAUCAGAGCUGUUUUGUGCUUGGCACUUUUUUGUGCUGCUUAUCUGGCCUGGGUCCUCUGGGUGCACCAUGUGUCAGAGAUUUGGGUAUAUCCCAUCAUGGCUCAUCUCAGCCCCGCUGGGCUGGCGCUCUUCCUAGCUGCCUCUGCUUUGGCCUUGCUGCCCCUCUACCUUCUGGGGGAGAAACUCAGCCUUAAGUACUGGACUAAGCCAGGGACGCAGAAGAAGAAAAAGAAGUAGGGUAGAGUCCUUUGGCAUCCAAGGUGACAUCUACCUAGGACCAAAGAGAGUUUUCCUGUUGUGCAGGACAUCUUGAGCCACUUGUCCAGUUAUGAUGUGUUCCUCUGAAAACAAGAAUCACAAGUAGUCCUUGAAGGUUUGUCAGCUGUCUGAGAAACUUCCGCUGGGGUGCUUCGCUGGCGGGUGUAACAGAAAUUCCUACCUUGAUUUUUGUACUGAUACUUGAUUUUGUUUUUAAUUGUGUAGAAUUUUGGGUUUAGUUCAGAUGGUUAUAUGAAGUGCGUUAAAUUUAUUUUCAGAUUUGUCUGAUUAAACGAGUUCUUGUCAUACGCUGUAACUUUAAGGCACUCUAUGUGAGUAAGAUAAGGGUCCAUUUACCUCAUUGACAUUAGUACUGAUGUCUUUUUAUGAGUCACAUUCAAAAUGUCAAGAUUUGUGGGUACACCUUACAGUAGCGUUCUUGUUUUGAAAUUGCAGAUCUUGUCUAGAUUUCUAAUUAAAAUUAAGAUUUGAAAAAGCUAAUGUAAGUCUAACUUAAAAUUUACACACAACAAAUUAACUGAGAAAUGAAAUAUUCAAAAUAAUUUAACUGCCAAAAUUUGCAUACUGGAAGUGCACAUCUCACUCACUGAGAUGUUUAUUCACUGUAAUGAGACUGAUUUGCAAUCCCAGAAAUGAAUAUUUGAGUCUAAUACCACCGGUAGAAUUCACACACUUUCUGAACCGCUUGUCCCAUACGGGGUUGCGGGGAGCCGGAACCUAACCCGGC